AUGGAACCGGUUAAAGAAGAAUUUGCAAGUUUAUCGUCAGUCUCCAUUACGUCCCGCAUCCCAGAUUUUUGGAAGAAAUCGCCGAAAAUAUGGUUUAUACAAACGGAAGCAGUUUUAUCGCCACAGAAAAUGUCAGAUGAAGCGAAAUACCAAAUAGUAAUUUCUAAAUUAACGCCAGAAGUCAUCGAGCAAGUCACGGACAUUUUAAUUAGCCCGCCGGAGACAGGAAAAUAUGAAAAAUUAAAAAGAAGAUUAUUACAAAUUUUUGAAGAAUCGGAAGAUCGACAAAUAAAAAAAUUAAUUGGCGAAAUGGAAUUGGGUGAUCAAAAACCGUCACAAUUAAUGAGGAAAAUGCAAGAUUUGGCGCGUGGACGAGUAACAACAGAAACACUUCUAGUUUUAUGGCAAAAUUUAUUACCGCCGUCAAUAAGAGCUGUGUUAGCCGUAUCCGAGAGUAAAAGUGAAGAUAUUUUGGCAUCAAUAGCAGAUAAAGUUAUGAAGAGCAUGACACCCUUAAACUCGGUAUCAACAGUUCAACAGUCCAGUUUAAGCAACAGACCAGAAAAUAAUUUGAUUGGUGAGAUAGAAAAAUUAAAUAAUCGACUGAGAAGAUUGGAAACAAGAAAUAAUACAUCAAAUUUUAGAACGAGGUCACGAUCCAGGUCAAGAGCAUCGGUGCAGCCAGCGACGGGUGCCUGCGACCGAGUCUACAGAAAUAACCGUCUCAGUGUUUUGGACAGAAAUUCAGGACUAAACUUUUUAGUUGAUAGUGGUGCAAAUGUGUCCGUCAUCCCGCGUAGUGUGGUGUAUGGUAAGGUUUAUGCAGAAGAUUUGGGUCUGAGACGACCGUUCCGUUGGAUUUUUAUAUUAGCGGAUGUAAAGCAACCAAUUAUUGGUGCGGAUUUCUUAGCUAAUCAUAAAUUAUUAAUUGAUUUAAACGGACGUAGAUUGAUUGAUCAAGUAACUAAUUUGAGUACUAAGGGAAAUAUCUCAAAUUCUACUGUGCCCACUUUAAAAACAAUUAUGGAAUGUCCAUAUUCCGAUUUAUUGAAUAAAUUCCCUGAUUUAACUAAACCUAUUUCUUACAAAGAGACGCCAAAACACGAUGUUUGUCACUAUAUCGAGACGACAGGACCGCCGGUGCAUGCGAGAGCGAGGCAGCUUCCUCUUGACAGGUACGUAAAGGCUAAAAAUGAAUUUAUUGUUAUGCAAGAGUUAGGGAUUUGUAGACCGAGUAGUAGUCCUUGGGCAAGUCCACUACAUAUAGUUCCAAAAAAGAUGGUAAUAUUAGGCCUUGCGGUGAUUAUAGACGUUUAA